CUCAUCCCUCCUCCUGGCGGAGCCCGGCGCGGCGGCAGCAUGGCGGACACGGCCUCUCAGGUGCUGCUGGGCUCUGGCCUCACUAUACUCUCUCAGCCGCUCAUGUACGUGAAGGUGCUAGUGCAGGUGGGAUAUGAACCCCUCCCUCCAACUCUGGGAAGAAAUAUUUUUGGGCGACAGGUCUAUCAUCUUCCUGGCCUCUUUGCUUAUGCUAAACACAUUAUGAAGAUUGAUGGAAGGGCUGGCCUCUUCAAAGGUUUGGCUCCUAGGCUCUGCUCAGGAGCCAUUGGCACUGUGGUGCACAGCAAAGUGUUACAGAAAUGCCAGGAAGCUGACCAAGUUGAGGAACCAGGGAACAGUCGCAAGGAGUCUGGGUCCUCCCUGGAUCAAGUUAUCAAAGAGACCUCUCAAGAGAUGAUUGCACGCUCUGCUGCUGCGCUAAUCACCCACCCAUUUCAUGUGAUCACGUUGAGAUGUAUGGUGCAGUUCAUUGGCAGGGAGACCAAGUACAGCGGCGUGCUUAGCUCCUUUGUCACCAUUUACCGGGAAGAGGGCAUCCUUGGAUUUUUUGCGGGCCUCGUUCCCCGCCUGCUUGGGGACAUCCUGUCCUUGUGGCUGUGUAACAUGCUGGCCUACCUCAUCAACACCUAUGCACUGGAGAAUGGGGUCUCUACCAUGUCUGAGAUGAAGAGUUAUUCUCAGGCUGUCACUGGAUUCUUUGCCAGUAUGCUGACUUACCCCUUCGUACUUGUCUCAAACCUGAUGGCCAUUAAUAACUGUGGGCUUGCUGGUGGCCUCCCCCCUUACAGUCCAACUUACUCCUCCUGGUUGAACUGCUGGAGCCAGCUGCAUGGGGAGGGCAACAUGAGCCGAGGGAACAGUCUGUUUUUCCGGAAGGUGCCUGCAGGGAAGCGGUAUGUGUGGGAGGAGAAGAUAUUUCACUGAGUCUUGGGCCUCUUGUGGCUGUUCCAGAUGCACAGAAUGAUGGCCGUGUGUUGAUUUCUAUACAGUUUUUUACAAAAUAAUCAUUUAAUCUUGGGAAAUGGA